AUGCGUAAAACACUGUUCACUUUCAGGGGAAAGGAUCCAAGUAAAACCUGCACACCGAGGUGGCCCAGGACGAGCAGCCAGAAAGCCGAAGCCUGGGCCAGGACUUUAGGGGCUGAAGGAGCAAGGGCUGUCCAAAGCCACACUCCUUCGGAACCUCGGGAGGUCGCGGCCCCGGGCCUUUACUUCCACAGCAGGCCGUGCGAGGAGGUUCGUGGGCAGCCGGGGGCGCUAGACCGCCCAGAACGGAGAGCCUCCCGGAGAGGGCCGCCGGCUCGCCCACGCCCGUCGCCCCCACUAGUCACAAAGGAUUCAUCCCCAAGCCCACCAAGAGACAGAUGCUCACCUGCCCGGCAAACUCUUAGACGCCAGCGACACGUAGCACAAAAGCGGACUGACCAAGGACGGCCGGAACCGGAAACCGAGUCUCUGGCCUAUGGCCCACCCACUCCCCCGUUCAUUGGUCCUUUACGCAGAAACAUCAGUGCGCAGGCGCAGCUCGCCGGGCAGUUUGGACACACAUCCCGGAAGAGGUGCGCUGCGGGGGUAGCUGACGUGAGCGGUUUGGGAGUUUGGCUUUCUUUUCUGCAGUUUGAGUGUGGCGUCUGCCGGGUUCUUCCCUGGCUAACUCCCCUGUUCCCCCAGCAGGCCGAUCUCACACUAUUCGCGUUCACAGCAAGAGGCCCCUUCGGCCUUGCGCGGUACCUGUUCUAUUACACACGAAUUGGGAUCUUACCUAGAAGGAAAGUGCCACCCAUCACCCGAACAAAUGUAUAUAACAGACCACUGAGCAUUAUGGACCACCACAUUGAACCAUUCGGUUUUUGAUAUCUACCACUUCACGGAAUUAGGCAAAAAAAGAACAGUCAGUGAAGAAAUUGAAGAUCUGACAUUAUCAACCACCAUGACCUAACUAUGAAUGGAGCAGUACCCCCCCCCCCAAAGCUGCAGGUACAUUCUCUCCAAGUGCACACGGUACUUCCAGAUAGAACAUAUGGGACCGUAAAAGAAGUCUUAAAUAUAAAAAAAUAUUCGAAUCAUACAUGGGUUUUCUCUGACCACUGUGGAAUUAAGUCUGUAACAACCAGAUAGCCAGAUAAAUCCAAGUACUGAGAAAUAGUGUUCUUCUAAAUAAAUCAUGGGUCAAAGAAGAAAUCACAAGGGAAAUUUGAACAUAGCUUGAACUGAAUGUUAAUGAGAAUGUGGUAUAUGAAAUCUCAAGAUGCUACUACACACCCACAAGGAUGGUUAAAAAGGUUGAUAACA